AUGCAAGACCUCGAUGUCCUCGGGCGACCAAACCAAGCAUCUACCACACCCAAGUCUGGGAGGAAAAACCGCAGGGCUCGGCCCGAACGAAGCAAGAAGCUGCGGACACCUGCAAAAAUGAACCCACCCGCCUGCCCGCGCCAACUACGACGCCCCACUCACCCGGAGCCCGGCGGCGAGAGGACGGCGCGGAAGCAAGCCGAGCCGCACCCGGCCGCGCAGCCCCGGGCGACCACAAAGCCCACACCGCCGCUGCACACCCCGGCCGGAAGCAACCCGAUGCCCCGCCCGGAGGACAUCCGUAGCCGCUCUAGGAUGAAAGUGGGGACCCAAGCCUUCUCCGUGCCAGACUUCCGGCCCAGACCACUGCGGCCAGCCAGAGGACCCAGUGCGCAGACUCAGCGCUUCUCAGCGCCCACGCCACGCCCACAGAACUCGGUUUCCCAGAAGGCUGAGGCCCGGAGGACAUUUCCCAGAAUCACCCGCGCCGCUCCGGUGCAUAACCAAGACUCCAUUUCCCAGUACUCCCCGGGAGGGCCUCGCCCCCUCCACCUGGACCGCGGGUAG